UAUUUAUGCAUUUGUUAUUAUUCUUCUUCCUUGCUCCAUCAACAAAAAGCCUCAUUUUUUUUUGUUCUGUUUCUCCAAUCAUCUUCAAAUUCUCUCUCAGACAAACCCUAACAUACAAUUCACUCAGAUUUACAUACGCAUAUACAUACAUAUACAUCAUAUUUGAGAGAGAGACAGAGAGAGAGAGAGAGAGAGUGUGUGUGUUUGGAAUGUGCUAAAUGGGUGCUGCGGGCUCGAAACUUGAGAAAGCUCUGGGUGACCAGUUCCCUGAAGGCGAGCGAUACUUCGGACUCGAGAAUUUCGGCAACACAUGCUACUGCAACAGCGUUUUGCAGGCUCUCUAUUUUUGUGUUCCAUUUCGUGAGCAGCUAUUAGAAUAUUAUGCGAAUAGCAAAAAUCUUGCAGAUACAGAAGAAAAUCUCCUGACGUGUCUGGCAGACUUAUUUACACAGAUAAGUUCACAAAAGAAGAAAACGGGUGUCAUUGCUCCAAAACGCUUCGUACAGAGAUUGAAGAAGCAAAAUGAAAUUUUUCGCAGUUAUAUGCACCAGGAUGCCCAUGAAUUUUUAAACUAUUUGCUGAAUGAGCUUGUUGACAUAUUGGAGAAAGAGUCCCAUGCUGCAAAGAGUGAUCCAGAAACUUCAUCACCAUCUGAAAUGGUUGCAAAUGGCCCAACUACUAUUCAUGCCAAUGGUGCUCAAAAAGAGCCUCUUGUCACUUGGGUGCACAAAAAUUUUCAGGGUAUACUCACAAACGAAACAAGGUGCCUGCGUUGUGAGACAGUAACAGCGAGGGACGAAACCUUUCUUGACUUGAGCCUUGAUAUUGAACAGAACAGUUCCAUAACGAGCUGUUUGAAAAACUUUAGUUCCACAGAGACUCUAAAUGCUGAAGACAAAUUCUUUUGCGAUAAGUGUUGCAGUUUGCAAGAGGCGCAGAAGAGAAUGAAGAUAAAAAAACCACCUCACAUUCUGGUGAUCCAUCUAAAGCGGUUCAAGUAUAUUGAGCAGCUGGGCCGGUACAAGAAGUUGUCUUACCGUGUUGUAUUCCCUCUUGAGCUGAAGCUGAGCAAUACAGUGGAAGAUGCAGAUGCCGAGUAUUCCCUGUUCGCGGUGGUUGUUCAUGUUGGGAGUGGACCCAACCACGGACACUAUGUCAGCCUUGUGAAAAGCCAUAAUCAUUGGUUGUUCUUUGAUGAUGACAACGUGGAGAUGAUUGAUGAGUCUGCUGUGCAGACUUUCUUUGGUUCAGCACAGGAGUAUUCUAGUAAUACAGAUCAUGGCUACAUCCUGUUCUAUGAAAGACUUGCUGCUGGUCCCACAAGCUGAAUAGAGGAGAAAGAUCAUUUUAUUACGAGUUUUUUAACUCAUUUUUACUCUGAUUUCCAUGUUUAUUGCCAUUUUUACCUUUCCUUUUUUCCCCCCUCCUUGCAUCUUGUGGGGAGUUCUGAUGUUUCUAGUCAGGUGAGAUGAAAUGUGAAGAAAUAUGUACACUUAGUUGGUUGCCCUGUACAGUGGAUGGUGGAAGCUCACUAGUCGCUAUCCUCGGUUUUUUUUCAACAAUAAGGUGACCAAAAAAAAUUUGUAGUGCAUAUGGUGGUGGUGGGGUGAGAAUUUAGUGGCUGAGAAUGUUUUACUUGCAAUAGGAAUCCAAGGAGAUCCAAAAUAUACCUGCAUAUUGUUCAUUGGUGUUGUGGAAUGGAAGGUGUGUUACAACAUUUGAUAUCAAGAUUUUGUAAUUGUAUACGGAUUUUGGCUAUCUAAACCACAUUUCUAUCUAUACCUAAAGAUUUGCUUCUGAUA